UGCCCCCUGGCACACUUAAACAGGCAGCACCACAGAGAAGCCAAAACACAUUCUCCCGAUCCUCAUCCUCUGCGUUCGUGCAUCUCGUCGUGCGAACAGAAGCCAAAGCUAUAGAGCUCUGCCAAUGGCGGGAGCAGGCAACGCCGACGACCCGAAGUUGCUGGGCGUGUGGACGAGCCCGUUCGUGAUCCGUGUCCGCAUCGUGCUGAACCUGAAAGGCCUGGCGUACGAGUACGUGGAGGAGGACCUGGGCAGCAAGAGCGCGCUCCUCGUGGGCUCCAACCCGGUGCACAAGACCGUCCCCGUCCUCCUCCACGGCGGCCGCGCCAUCAACGAGUCCCAGAUCAUCCUGCAGUACAUCGACGAGGUGUACUCCGGGACCGGCCCGGCCGUGCUGCCGUCCGACCCCUACGAGCGCGCGACGGCGAGGUUCUGGGCGGCGUACAUCGACGACAAGGUGAGGUCGGCGUGGCUGGGGAUGGUGUUCACGUGCAAGGACGAGGAGGAGAGGGCGGAGGCCGUGGCGCGCGCCGGCGAGGCGCUCGACACGCUGGAGGGCGCGUUCGGGGAGUGCACGGAGGCGGGGAAGAAGCCCUUCUUCGGCGGCGACGGCAUCGGGUUCGUGGACGUCGUGCUCGGCGGGUACCUGGGGUGGUUCGGCGCCGUCGCGAAGAUCAUCGGGCGCAGGGUGAUCGACCCGGCCAGGACGCCGCUGCUGGCCGCGUGGGAGGACCGGUUCCGCGCCGCCGAUGUGGCGAAGGGCGUCGUGCCGGACGACGUCGACAAGGUGCUCGCGUUCCUGCAGGUCCUGCUUGCUCGCUAGGUAGGAGCGAGUACCGAGUACGUACUCCUGCAAGUGAGAUCACGUUAAUUUUCGUCGCGUUACUACGACGUGUGUACGACCGACCUAGUACGAUGAGCUCGUCUCGAUCCCUUGUGUCACUCAGUUUUGCUUUGUUCGUCCGUCAAUAAUCGGUGUGCUUAAUAAAUGUACAACAGCUGUUGUUGUCUUGUAACAAUGGCUGAUUUUUAUUAUAAUUUUGCUUCUUCUUCUUCUA